AUAUUAUUCCAAAAAAGGAAAUAAUUUAAUAGUCAUAUAAGCACUUUCCCACUUACAUUUUACGAUUUAUUGGAACUCCAAAGAUUAAAAAAGAAAAGUAACUUAUUCACAGAAGCAUGCAAAAUCUGCACAAUUUUUCACAAAAUCAAUUCUCCUCUGGAAACACCAACUCCUUCAACACAUUCACAACCCAUCUUAGAUCUUCCACUCAAAUUUCUCUUUCUAAUUUCUCCUUAAAUCCCACAUCCAUGAACGCUGAAGUUGCGGAGAAAUACAAAGUUGCAAUUGUUGGCAGCGGCAAUUGGGGUAGCGUUGCGGCCAAGCUUAUUGCAUCUAACACCCUCAAACACAACAUCUUUCAUGAUGAAGUUAAGAUGUGGGUAUUUGAUGAAACAUUACCAAGUGGAGAGAAAUUGUCAGAAGUUAUUAAUCGAACCAAUGUUAAUGUAAAGUACCUCCCUGGUACACAGCUUGGUAAAAAUGUGAUUGCUGAGCCAGACCUUCAUCAUGCAGUGAGAGACGCAAACAUGCUGGUAUUUGUGACACCACAUCAAUUUCUUGAGGGUGUUUGUAAGAGACUUGUUGGAAAAUUAAAAGGAGACAUCGAGGCUAUUUCAUUGAUCAAAGGCAUGGAGGUCAAAGUGGACGGUCCAUCUACGAUUUCCUCUAUAAUCUCUAAGCAUCUUGGAGUUAAUUGUUGUGUUUUGAUGGGUGCAAAUAUUGCUGAUGAGAUUGCUGAGGAGAAGUUUAGCGAGGCAACUAUAGGUUAUAAAGACAAUAGGGAUGUCGCAGAGAGGUGGGCUCGGCUAUUUGCUACACCUUAUUUUUCUGUCACAGCUGUUGAGGAUGUUGAAGGAGUUGAAUUAUGUGGUACACUGAAAAAUGUAGUCGCCAUAGCUGCAGGAUUUGUGGAUGGCUUGGGUAUGGGGAGUAACACAAAAGCAGCAAUCAUGAGAAUUGGUUUGAAUGAAAUGAGGGCCUUCUCCAAGCGACUGUUCCCAUCUAUCAGAGACGACACUUUCUUUGAGAGUUGUGGGGUGGCUGAUCUUAUCGCUACUUGUUUUGGAGGAAGAAACAGGAAAGUUGCAGAGGCUUUUGUAAUCAAUGGAGGAAAGAGACCCUUUGAGGAGCUAGAAGCUGAGAUGUUGCAGGGCCAGAAACUACAGGGUAUCUUGACGGCCAAAGAGGUAUAUGAGGUCUUAAAAAGCAACAGUUGGUUUGACGCGUUCCCUCUUUUCAGAACAAUUUAUGAGAUUUGUGUUGGUAGCAAACUGCCGUCGGCCAUAGUGCACUAUAAUGACUUUCAAAAGGCAGGAGUGCAUCCAAGUUCUCUUUAAGAGAAACCUACCAGUUGAGAAAAUAAUCUAACAGAUAAUUUUGCUGAUGCUCUCCAUGCACGAAUUCAGGACAGUUUUAGGGACUGUUGUGCAAGGGCAAACACACUAUUAAAAAGACUUGACUUAGGGGGCGACACUUAUAUGUGGUCUCAAUUCUGCUAUAGAUUUAUAAAAGCAUUGGAGGUAGCUGAUGUAGUGUGUUGUGUAAUCUGUAAUCGGUAUCUUCACCCUGUUUGAAUUUCUCUAUAGGUCAGAGCAUGAAAACCUUGGAAAGAUGCAAUGGAUUUGCCAUAGAAUCGAGAAACUUUUCAUUCAUGAGCAUGAGCAUAUAUAUGCUAUUGCCAGUAUCUGUAUCACUAUGUUAUUUCUUAUUUGUAGCAACCGAUUUUUUU